AUGGAUGGACUGAACGAUGAUGGAUGGAAACUAAUUUUUGAUUCUCUCAAUGAAUUUAUUUCUUUGAAUCACAGCCAUCCUGCGAUAAGGUCAGAAUUUUGCAUUAGUGAUAGCACUUGUAAUGUUGAAACAGAUGUUUCUGCAAUGGUUCUGAUGGCCAUCAUGACCUGCGUAUAUAUAAUAACGCUUGUCGUUAAUUCCUAUUUAUUAAUCAGAGAAAUAAGAUAUGGCUCACUAUUUAAAUCUAGAUUAGUGUUUUAUGUUCUGACUACGUUCUAUCUGCUAGGAAAUUUGGUGUUCUUUGCAUCACAUACUCUUGCCCGAUUUGUGUUUAGAGUGAAUGAAAAACAAGUGAAUGGCGAGACAGAUUUUAAUCCAGUACUGUUUUUAUUCACUCAUAUUGCUUUAUAUUGGAGCGAAACAUUGCUUGCUUGCGCAUUCUUAUUUGUAUGCGUAAAUUAUAUGGAAAUAUUUUUACAUUCUAAGGGAUUUUCCAUUAUUUACUCUCAGGAGCAAACAUCUAAAUUACGAAUUGGUGUCACUUUGAUAAUUGUUGUUGCCAACAUGAUUGAGAUGAUUAUAUUUGCUAUCAUGAUAAUAUUUUUCCCUUCUCAGAACGCUCUUACAGUUGAGGUUGUUUUAUCGUUUCAAAUUAUUUUGAGCGUUAUAGUAGUCAUUUUCUUUGUUGUAUGGAUUUAUGUGAGCAAGAAAUCAAUAUGGCAAGGUGCACAUACAAAUGAAACACUCUCGAUACUCACACAGAAAAUGUUCUAUGUUGCCUCUAUAUUUGCUUUUUUGAUCAUUCUAAAAUCAAUUGCCAAGAUUUUUCUAUUAAUUUACGUCUCUAUGUGCGGUAUUAUCUGCCUUAAUGUUUCUGUAAUUUUAUCUGCUACUACAGCAGCUGCUACUGAUUUAUUUCCGCUUAUUUCAAUUUAUUAUAUUUUCAGAAUUUCUGAUAGCAAUGCACAUGAAGAAAUUAGAAACGAUGGAAAUGGUUUGGUCACACUACAACCUGUAUCUCAAUCAUCAAACACUCAUGUAAUCACUAACGAAUGCACAUCUAACGAUAUUGAGUUCGAAGAUGAGGAUUAA